AGAUUAUUAUUAUUAUUAUUAUUAUUAUAGUAGUAGUAGUGGGAGGAGCAAAAGCAGCGGCAGGAGGGGUGAGGGAGGAGGAAGCGGCGGCGGCUGUCGAUGUCGAUAUAGAUUCCCUUCGCCGUCGCAUGGGAUUGAAUUCUUCACGUCCAGGUUCUCGACCUCCAAAACCAUGGGAAGGAGCUGUGAGUUCAUUUGGUCAUGCACCAUUUAAGCCACCAUCCCCCGGGAGCACCCCUGAUGUUGUGGAAUCAUCUGAUGCAAGGUGUCGUGAAUUUCUUCCAUCGGAUAUCGAUCCUUAUUUAUCAGAAUACUCAGUCCAUGUCCAUGACUGCUCUCCUCCAGCUUUUCGAUCGUUCUGGAUUGUUAUAUGGCGAGCUCGCGAGAUUUGUACUGAGGCCUAGAAAACAUUGACAAUUGCGACCUGGCAAAGUUCCUCCCCCUUCCGGGCAGCAUUUUCUCGAGGGACCAAAAGCUUCUUGCGGAUCACUGGAUGGUGUUCGGGGUGUUGAUGUCAAGGGAUCGAGUUAGACCGAUGUCAAAUUCAUCAAAGUGAAGCAUAUGGAAGCCAAAAGCAUGUGCCCACCAUGAUAAUAUUCACUCAGUCAUCAAGAAGGGUCUGAUUCCUAUCAUUAAUGGGCAGUAGCUGUGUAAUUUGUUCCCAUCUUUCUUGUAUGAGAUGUGUGACUACAUUUUGGUGAGUUCUGAACUCUUCGGUUUA